CGCACUGGCUCAACGUCAUGGUGUUGCACUUCCUGUUCCUCUCUAGCAGAGCGAAGAAGCUGAUGUGCUUUUAGCGUCUGUCAGUGUGAAGCAUUCGGACCAGAGGGCUCAGAGGGUCUCAGCAUCGGACCUGCUGGUCUCUGCUGGACACCAACCAGAGAGUCUGAUUUGGAAUCAGCUGAUUCCAGUGUCUCUGUAAAAAUCCUCGUUUCGGUUGUUUUUAUUUGUCUGGUAGUCUGAAACGGCCCUGUGGCCCAGCGGGUCGUCCUCCUGACUCAGCCCUUUGCUGAGAGACUUGCUGGUGGGACUCAAACGACCGCUUUCUGUCACAACAGCCUGUCUCGCUGCUCCAGAGACCCGGGAGCAGGAAGCAGCAGAGUGACUGUGAGCUCUCUCACUUACAAAACCAAGCCAGUGUGUGUGUGUGCGUGUGUGUGUGUGCGCACACACAAAAUGCAUGACGCCUCAGUUUCUAACUGGCAUCAAGCAGAACAGGAAGCAGUGAGGUGGGGCUCCGUGACUGCCGUUCUCUCCUCCACCUCUAUCCAUCGCUCCAGAUUUAGAUUGGCUUCUUGAUUCCUGGCGGGAAGGACAUCCUGGAUUUUAAGGAGGCCGGAGCGGCACUCUAGGUUGCUUAAUUGGUGUGUGUGUUGGUUGAUGUGUGUGUGAGGCCCAGAGGAGGCAAUCGAUGGCCAGUGAGGACUUAUCUGAGGACCUCCCGUGGGACCAGCUCCUGGACUCCCUGGCCCCCGCCGACCAGACCGAUGCAGAGCCUUCGAUUGAUUCCGAUGGGCUGACGGUCCUCCAGCAGCUCGGGCUGGACCAAAACUCGGACUUCUCAGACAGCGGCGUGCAGCAGUGUCUGGACGAGCAUCGUGAGAGGAUCCGCAAGGAGAUCCGUAAGGAGCUGAAGAUCAAGGAGGGUGCGGAGAAUCUGCGCAGGGCCAUCACGGACAAGAGAAAUGCCCAGCAGGUGGACUCGCAGCUCCGCAGCUCCAAACGCAAGCUGGAGUCGCUCCAGGCUCAGCUGCAGGAGCUGGAUGCUCACAUCGUUGUUAAAGGACCGGAUGACAACAAAGAGACACCAAAGUCUCCAGGAUCCGUCAGUCGAACAUCAACCCAUCAGCAGCGGAUCGCAGCUUUGGAGCGGCAGCUCAACAUCGAGCUGAAGGUCAAACAGGGAGCAGAGAACAUGAUCCCGAUAUACUCCAGCGGGGGCGCCAAGGAUAAGAAGCUCCUUCAGACGGCGCAGCAGAUGCUGCAGGACAGCAGGACCAAGAUCGACAUCAUCCGCAUGCAGAUCCGAAAGGCCAUGCAGGCCACGGAGCAGUCGGACGACUCUCAAAGUAAACCGGAUCUGUGUGGGGUGGAGCUGCGCGUGGAGGAGCUCUGGCACCACUACCGCGUGGAGCACGCCAUGGCCGAGGGAGCCAAGAACAUGCUGCGCCUGCUGGGAGCUGGAAAGGUCCAGGAUAAGAAGGCCAUCGCUGAGGCCCAGUGCGGUCUGAGCGAGUCGUCUCAGCGUUUGGACCUGCUCCGAUGUUCUCUGGAGCAGAGGCUCCAGGAGCUGCCAGAAGAUCAUCCGAAAGCCUGUCUCAUCAAGGAAGAGCUGGUCCUGGCCUCCUCCUCGGCCUUCAGCUCCCGCCACAGCACCCCCUAUGUCCACAACCAGUACAGCACCCUGAGCAAGCCGUCGCCGCUCACAGGUUCUCUUCAGGUCCGCGUUCUCGGCUGUGCGGGCCUGCUGGAGGUGGUCCCAGGUCGGAGCCGAGGAACCCCGCUGGUGCUUCCUUCUUUCUCUUCGGCAGACGGGCGGCCCUCCUUCAAGCUGAGCGGCCUUUACAGCCGCAGCACCAGCAGCAUGAGCAUCAAGAUCCCCAGCAAGACGGACGAGCUCGCCCAGGAAGUUAGUGCAGUGCUGAAACUGGAGAACACCGUGGUCGGUCAGACUGCCUGGAGAACAGUAGGAGAACAGGCCUGGGACCAAACCUUCACUGUAGAGCUGGAGAGAUCCCGGGAGAUGGAGAUAUCCGUCUACUGGAGGGACUACCGCUCCCUCUGCGCCCUCAAGUACCUGAAGCUGGAGGAGUUCCUGGACAACCAGAGACACCAAGUCCAGCUGGAGCUGGAGCCACAGGGGCGGCUCCUGGCCGAGGUGACCUUCUUCAACCCUGUCAUCGAGAGAGGCAGAAGACUCCAGAGGCAGAAGAAGGUCUUCUCCAAGCAGCACGGUAAAGCUUUCCUACGUGCUCGUCAGAUGAACGUGGACAUCGCCACCUGGGUCCGCCUGCUGAGGAACGCCAUCCCCAGUGGGAGCAACACGCCUGCCUACACGCCCAGCUUCACCAGCAACACGCUCUCCAACACCUCCGGAGAAGUCUCCGCGGAGAAGCCGAAUCUGGACAGUGACGCGUCUCCCAGAGUGGAUGUUCGGAGGGACGUGUUGGAUUCACCCGCCCCCCUGGAGCAGACGCCGAUCACAGAGUCCCCGUCCACGCCCGACGUCCCCGCUCCUGAGAAGCCGGCCAGAUCACAGUCAAGAAACUCUUUACGCAGAGCCAGCAGAGGCCCGCUCUGUCUGCAGGACUUCAAGCUGAUUGCUGUCCUGGGCCGGGGACACUUUGGGAAGGUGUUGCUUUCUGAGUACAAGAAGACGGGCGACCUGUACGCCAUCAAAGCCCUGAAGAAAGGAGACAUCGUGGCGAGAGAUGAGGUGGAAAGCCUGAUGUGUGAGAAGAGGAUUUUUGAGACCGUCAACACCUCCCACCACCCCUUCCUGGUCAACCUGUUUGCGUGUUUCCAGACGCCUGAACACGUGUGUUUUGUCAUGGAGUACACGGCGGGGGGGGACCUGAUGAUGCACAUCCACGCGGACGUCUUCUCGGAGCCGCGGGCCGUGUUCUACUCAGCCUGUGUGGUCCUGGGUCUCCAGUUCCUGCAUGAACAUAAGAUCGUGUACCGGGAUCUGAAACUGGACAACCUGCUCCUCGACACAGAGGGUUACGUGAAGAUCGCAGACUUUGGGCUCUGCAAAGAAGGCAUGGGUUACGGAGACAGAACCAGCACGUUCUGUGGUACUCCCGAGUUUUUGGCCCCGGAGGUGCUGACGGACACGUCGUACACCCGAGCCGUGGACUGGUGGGGGCUUGGGGUGCUCGUCUACGAGAUGCUGGUGGGAGAGUCUCCCUUCCCAGGUGAUGAUGAGGAGGAGGUGUUUGACAGCAUCGUGAACGACGAGGUUCGAUACCCGCGCUUCCUCUCCACCGAGGCCAUCGGCGUCAUGAGACGGCUGCUGAGGAGAAAUCCUGAGAGGCGUCUGGGUUCUGGGGAGAAGGACGCAGAAGAUGUGAAGAAACAGCCGUUUUUCAGAGGGAUGGACUGGGAGGCCCUCCUUCAGAGGAAAGUACCGCCCCCCUUCGUCCCGACCAUCCAAGGAGAGGAGGACGUCAGCAACUUCGACACGGAGUUCACGGCCGAGGCUCCCACCCUCACGCCCCCCCGGGAACGCCGGGCCCUUUCCCGCAGGGAGCAGGACUACUUCAAGGACUUUGAUUAUGUCUCCGACCUCUGCUAGACUCUGGGGUCAGAGGGGCGGAGCCUAGGACUCUGUUAGGAAAGGACCAGGCUGACCACGGUGCUGUACGGACUCAGGAACUCCACGAAGAUGAAAGAAGCUCCUGUUACUCUGGGCAUGUGUGUGUGUGUGUGUGUGUGUGUGUGUGUGUGUGUGUGUGUGUGUGUGUGUGUGUGUGUGUGUAUGUGUAUGUGUGCGUGCAUGCGUGCGU